AGUCUUGCGGUCCGCGCCUGACGCGAGGGGACCGCCGGCACCGCAGCCGCGACUGCGCGCAGUGCUACCACCGUAACGGACGCCCCUGUCGCUGUGCUCCCGUGACAGCCCCGCGCAGGUGCAAACGCGGAUGUAGAGCAGGUCACUCAGUGGAAAGGGGCAGUCGAGUUCCCCGUCCGCUACUACAGUGAACGGCAGUAGGACACGAGGUAGAGGCCCAGGCUCUCUGCGAACCUUCCGCCGCGUUUCCCGCAAUUUCUUCUAUAUUUCAGCAACACUUGUUGCUUUGUAUACGGAACUGCCACUCCAGCGACGUCCGAUUUUGGCACAGUGUCUGAAGUUUGACGUGUGUUCUGUAUUUUCUUAUUUUGCUCGGUAGCAAACUCUCUUUUCGUGCUAAACGACUGAGUGACUCCUACCCAGCACCGGUAUAGCGAUUAUUUUUUUCUAGUCCUGCAGUUCCUCCGUGCCAUCACAAACACUUGUUGCUUUGCAUAGAGGAGUGCUGUCUCAGCAACAAUACCCAAAUAUCGGCAAAGUGUCUCCAUCUUAUCACAAUACAUCUUCGAUAGUUACCGAAUGUUUUUCAGUCAUUCACUCCUUGCCGUUACAUACGAGGAUACAUCGAGAAAAAAAUGAAAAAUAACUUGAAAAUUGGGAUACAGACUACCCUAAAAGGACCUUGCAGUAUUUCUAUAGUUUAAUGAACCUUCGCAAAAUAGUUUACAGAGUAUGUGUCUUUAGUUUCCAGCAAAGCUGCUGAUACACCUUUACGAGGAUAAAUUAGUCGCUUAUAAUUAACUUACACAGCACCUCAGAUAUAAGACUUGUGGACUGUCGGUUGAUGGGAACCUAGUGUUAACGCUUGGUUACCUCGACGCCCUGACCGAGUGUCUUCGUUUGAUGUUCAUCACCAGUGCAGUGGAGAAAGACCUGUGACUUUCUUAAAGCGGCGGUUGAAAUGAAGGGGAGACGAGCCUGGAGUUUCCUGCUGUGGGCCACGGUCAUGGGGGUCGCCACAGACGGCGGUCAGUGCCUGAGCGACAUCAGCGUGCUGGUGGAGCCGGCGGUGGCGGCGAGCGGCGGCAGCGCGCUCGUGCUCUGCCUCUACCAGCUGGAGGGCGACGCCCUCUACCAGGCGCAGUUCUACCGCGGCAACCGGGAGAUCUUCCGCUGUCUCGCCAACGGUGUCUGCAAGAUACUCCCGCUCUCCGGCAUCGUCAUCGACAUGACGCACUCAAACGCUACCCAGUUGCGGCUGCUGGAUGUUCAGCGAGAGGUUUCCGGAAAGUUCACUUGCGAGGUCACCGUCGAGAGUUCACGGAAGCCCUUCUCUACGAAAAGGGGCCACGCAACUUUGCAGGUCGUUGUGCCGCCGCAAGGCCCGCUCAGCCUGGAGGUGGAGAGCGUGUCGCGGUACACACCCGGAGACCUGCUGAGGGCCGAGUGCGAGGCGCCGCCCUCCGACCCUCCCGUCGAGAUGCUCUACCUGCUCAACGACUUCCCGGUGAACUCGUCGCUGACGCAGCGCCACAACGACAGCAACCGGCUGAGUCUGCGCGUCCGCCUGCAGCAGAGCAGCUUCUCGGCGCGCGGCGAGCUCUCCCUGAAGUGCGUCGCCUUCCUGUCCUCUGUAUACCGCCGAGUCGCCGAGAGGGACAUCGGCGCCACGCCACAGCCCUACCCGCAGAAAGUAACAUCUGGAUGCGCCGGAAGAUACUCGGCGCAAGGCUUUUGUUUCCUGCGCGGUCGGGGGUCGACGUCCUGGUUUCUGGCGCUGGCGACGCUGCCGCUGCUGCUCACCCCGGCGAGGUAGCCUCGGCCUGCAGUAUGUGUGUGGAGCGCACGGCGCAACGUCUCGAAACUUCGCAACGUGCGGAUGUGCCGAGACACAGGGGGACUAGAAAACCGCCAUCCUGCGAGAUAUCACGAUGAAAGACUCUACGCAUCUGUUAAUACACAAUGAAUACUUUCUGUACAAAAAUAAGUGUGUUAACUGCUCCACCACAAAUAAUUAGAACAAACAUGAAGGUCACAACUAUGGUAUUCCGGUAGAAUAUGCUACUUAUAUAUGUGACUCGUCGCUAAUUCCUGUAUAGCUGACAUGUAUCUGAAAUGAAGGUAUUAAAUUGUAUUCAUGUUUUAUCUCUGAGGCUAUCCACGAACAAAUCCGACGAGAAAUCGAGUCCACAUGGAUAAAAUUUUGUUAAUUGACUCAUAACCUACAAUUUUUGUUUGAAUAUUAGAAAUUAAGUUAAUUUUCAUUUGGUCAAUCACUAGAAACGUCAGCCACAAUUGUGUGUUUUUUGUACAGAAAGAAAUUUAACUCUGAAUAAAGGAAUGUGAGAUUCGUUUUCCCAUCCAUCUCAUGUGGCUACAGCUACGAGAGAAGCCUCUCAGCCUCAAACGCUACAGCAAGUAUAGUCUUCGGAAGUUUGCUUAUACCAUUUUCGGAAGUUUGCUUAUACCAUGAACGCUUUAUCACGAGUCUGUGUGAAUAUCGUGAAGAAGAUCAACUCACUGUCACCACUUCACUGCCGGGAAAUAUUUAGAGCUGUAUUUACUGACCAGAACUGGGUUAGAUUGCUAAUGAUCACACAUUUUUCAGAUAGAAGACACUGCCUACUAAUUUUCACUCCACGUUUACCUACAAGCGGAAAUUGUGAUUUAUGCAGUAACUUUUCGUUGGCCCCACCACAUCUCCACUCCUUGUUACGGUGUCAAUAGCUUUGUAUUAAUGUCAGACCUGAUAAAGUCAAUAAUAAUUAUGGACGUGACCGACUAUUUGUGACGAGAAUCUAAUGAAGUAGUAGCGGAAUCUUGCAAUGGAUAUAUCGCUUUGUUUUUACGAGAGACGCUAUGUUUCUUUGCAGUAUACCUUCUUGUUAAAGACAGUGCUGCACUUGCAUAAUUAUAACGACCUACCGGAUCAUUUUGCUUUAUUCCUUGCUAAUAAAAUUAGUUCAGUUGUCCUUUUGCAGAAUUCGUUACACGAAAAUGUGAAACGGCAAGUUAUUUAAUUUCGUCUCACUUUGAAAAGAAACCGUAAUAGUUACAUACUCCGUUACAAUACGCAGUCUGUGAGAACCUGCAGCCGUAGAUGUCAUUCUCUUUUAUUGUGUUUUAAGACCUCUCAUCGGACCGCGUAUUUAUCUUUUCGUCUGAUAUAGCGUACUCCAUGUGACUACUGUCUUGACUACUGCUCACGAUAUUGAAACACAGAAGUCUGGCGUAUGGUUCUUUACAAGGAAAGACUUUGCCAAAUGCAUGCGAUGCUUUUGAUGGCCUUGACAAAUGGGUAUCUGUGAAAGUAAUAAUGAACAAAGUGCUCGGAGGACGUUCCUCUACACUUCUUCGUUGCUUAGCUGGCGAUGAAAUGAGACGGACUAUUACAGAUUUGAGGUCGUGAGCCCAACCAGGUGCUGUAGUAUUUGACAAGAGGUAUAUGUGACGAAUUGCCAAAAUAUGAAGUUAAUUCUGCUGCGUAGGUGAGAAACUUGGCUAAUGAAUCACUAUAUAUUGUCCUACAAGUUCUGUAGCUUAUAAAGAUAGCUAGUCAUGAAAGCCGCUAAAUCACCACUGUGACAACCAGGAGCCAGAAGCAUGUCAUACAUGCCUGCUAAUGGCUUCGCCGAUAGGCAGUAGCUGCAACUGUUGGCAAACUCUCGUCCUUGCGGAAGAAAUUUCACAUAGCCCCUUCGGUAGGGAAUAACAACGCACAGAUAUUUAGAGCAGUAUUCCAUUCAAGAGAAUCUUCUUUACAUCUUCCAUCUAAUUAGCAGUGUUAUACUGAGCUCAGUGAGACGAGUGGAAGAAUGUAGAUGUUUGGUAAACUCCCAAGAUGAAUCGUGUACUUAGAUCAACUUGUACGAAGCGUGACUUCGUUUUCACUAAAUGUCUCAGGAAUUUAUCCUGGCGCACUGACUUCACGGGACUCUGAGAGUUUAGGAAGACUGAGAAACUCUGCACCUGUUUUAACCAUACAGAAAAGGGUUCACUGGUAGAUUUGGCAGGUGUCUUUCACCAGAAAGGUUGUAUAGAGUUGCUUAUCAAGUAGCGUGUGGUGAUUUCCUCCAGUUAAAGAAAAUAACGGUACCUACCCUUGUUGGAAGACGGCACUUUACAGGUGCACACGCUGUAAACUGCAACUGACUUUGGUGUGAAGAAGGUUCAGUACUUAUUCAGCAUUGCACGUGUGUUGUUAAGCGCUACGCUGCUAAUGUAACUCUGAUAACCUGCACGAUGAUCUUGCAUACCUUGUAGGUAUAUUGUACCUGUAGAAAGAACAACGAUAUUCCAUCGUUCUAGACCCGCUUUCUAUUAAGUGACCAUCACGAGGCAACCACUAACUAGUGCAUUAUCCACCAUGUCAGAUCCAACUAGGAAUAGUCUAAUGAAGGGUGUGUGGAAAUGAGCAGCAGUGAAUUUCUUCAGUGGUACUUAAAUGUCCCUUCAGUGUGCGAGUAAUUACGUAAUAGAGCGAUGGAGUCCAUAGAUUUUCUUUUACCCUUUCAGGAUUACAUCUACAGGGAAAACGUGACGUUUAGGAAGAGAGGCAGAGAAUAUACAAUAGCAACAGCCUACCAACUAAUAAUUACUGACAGUCCUCUGUAUCGCAGUGUCAUGGAUUAUAAGAUAAAGUACAAGAAGAAAAUAAGAGUAAUGUAAACUAUAUUUUUUAAAGUACUACACAACACACA